UGGAUCCCUAAUUGCUACCCAUUAUUGUAUUAAUUUGUGUAGAAAAAUAAAAUCUAGUGACUUCAGUAAAAAAACCACCUACUAUUAGUUAUAUAAACGCGCAAUUCAUUGUUUAGCAUAAAAAUACAAAGUAAUUUAACACAGGGGGAAGUAAUACAUUCAUCGCAAAAGAAAAUAUAUAUUUUUUUUGUAAGAGUAAGAUAAUUAAAGAUGGUGGCUAAGAAGAAUUUUCCACAAAAUGGCAGAACACAAACAGCCCAUCCAUAUAAGAAGCCAAACAUGAAACCACCGAUGAUGAACAACAAUUUCAACUCUAACCCAAUGUUCAGUAUCAAUCAAAUUCCCGAUAAUCCGGGAUAUUUAGAUUUUAACUUGCCCACACCACCGAAUGCGGGUGCCUUCAAUAAGAAUAAUAACAAUGGCGAUGGAAAAAGAAAAAAUAACAAAAACAACAACAAUAAUAAUAAUAAUAAUAAUAAUAACAACAAGCAGAAAAAUAUGAAACCACAAGGUAAUCAACCAAAUAACGGAAAUCCUGGUUGGAAAAACCUAAAUCAGCAGGGUGGUGGUAUGGGAAUGGGUCCAAACAACAAUCCACGAUUUAAUGGACCACGCAAUAAUUUUGGAAUGGCCAGUCGCGGGCGUGGUAAUCGUAUGAUGCCAAUGCCGCCUAUGGGAAUGGGGCCACGCGGCAUGGGACCCUUUCAAGGGCCUCCAAUGGGUUUUCAACCUCCAAUGAUGGGACCGCCACUACGUCCACCUAUGCCACCAAUGGGUGUGCAACCACCUCCACCGCCUUUUAUGCGUCGUAACGGUCCCAUGCCACCCCCAAUACCACCAAUGAUUCCGCCACGAAUGAUCCCGCCAGCUCCAUUCAUUGCUGGAGGAAAAAUCAAGAAGAAUAAAGCAAGUCCUAAGAAGGUCACGAAGGGUAAGAGUAGCACAAUAAAAACCCUGAAGAAUCUUAUCAAUCAGUACCCCAUUGAAAAACCUUGGGUGACUAGUGAAAUCCGAGAGAUUCACGACAAGAAAGUCGAUAUAGAAAACCGUCUGAAAGGUAAUAAGGAUGACGAAUUAUUCGCUCAGUUUAAAGUACAGCGUGACAAAUUCGUAGCCAUGUAUGAGGCCGCGAGGGAGGAAUAUUUAAAAAAUGAGGCUGCUUCAGUUAAAGCAAAGGAUGAAAAAGACAAACAAACAAAUACAAAUACAACCAAAAAGGACGAUAAAAAAGAGGCAAACUCAAAUGAAAAUAAGAAAAAUAAUUGAAUGUUUUUCAAAACUGGUAACGUAGAAGUUUUGCAAUGGCAAGAAUAUUAAAGAGAGAGCUUCACAAUAUUCAAUAAUAAAAAAAAUCCAGUACAUAAUCAACUAUUUGCGUUUUAUAUGUCUUAAACAACUUAAAGCAUCGACUAAUGAGAAAUUAUUUUUGAAUAAUUUUUUGCAAUGCUUAAAUAUUAAAAACUAAACAAAGUAUUUUGAAAUCUUAAUUAUAUGUGUCUAUUUAACAUUGAAAAUUCACUGUACUAUUUAACAAAGACAAAAACUUUUAAAAUCAGAACUUAAUUAUAAAUAUAUUGCAUUGAUACAACAUUUUUUUUUCAAAGAUUAAAUUAACUUAAAGAAAUCGAUUGAAAUCGAGAGAGUUCUGUUUUAAAAGCAGCACUUGACUUUGCUAUAUUCAGACAAAAAAAAAAUAAAGAAACAUCUAUCAUUAA